CCGGGUCUGGGCGAGCGCGAGCAGGUGGGGCCCGGCAGUAGGGGGCGGGCGGCUAGCGGGACGCACGCAGGGAGCGAGCCGGGCGGCAUGGAGACGGCGGACAGCGUGGAGAAAGGAGACGGCGGGGAGAAGGCGGGCAACGGCCACGCGGAGGGCGCGGCGGCGGGCGGCGGAGGGCGGCUGCGGGGCUGCCGGGGCUUCCUGCGGCGCAACGCGCUGGUGCUGCUCACCGUGUCGGGGGUGGUGGCCGGCGUGGCGCUGGGAGCCGCGGUGCGCGGCGCGGCGCUGGGCCCGGCGCAGGUGGCCUACCUGGCCUUCCCCGGGGAGCUGCUGCUGCGCAUGCUGCGCAUGGUCAUCCUGCCGCUGGUGGUCUGCAGCCUGGUGUCCGGGGCCGCCAGCCUGGACACGCGUUCGCUCGGCCGUCUGGGCGGCAUCGCCAUCGCUUACUUCCUCGGCACCACGCUGCUGGCCUCCGGCCUCGCCGUCGCGCUCGGUUUCAUCAUCCGACCCGGUGCCGGCGCCUCCGCCCUCAACGCGCCCGGCCUGGGGCUGCCGGGCGCCGUGCCGGCCACCAGCAAGAAGACGGUGGACUCCUUCCUCGACCUCGUCAGAAACCUGUUUCCUGCAAAUCUUGUUGCUGCUGCUUUCCGAACGUAUGCAACAGAUUAUAAGAUAGUGCUCAGAAACACUACCUCUGGAAAUGUCACGUUGGAAAAGAUCCCCGUUGGUACUGAGAUUGAAGGGAUGAAUAUACUGGGACUGGUGCUCUUUGCUCUGGUUUUAGGAGUGGCACUGAAAAAGCUUGGCCGGGAAGGAGAAGAUCUCAUUCGCUUCUUUAAUUCAUUCAACGAGGCAACUAUGGUCUUGGUUACCUGGAUUAUGUGGUAUGUACCUAUUGGUAUUAUGUUCCUUGUUGGGAGCAAGAUUGUGGAAAUGGAAGAUAUUGUGCUUCUGGUGACCAGUCUGGGAAAAUACAUCUUUGCCUCUAUACUGGGCCACUUCAUCCAUGGAGGGAUCAUUCUGCCACUCAUUUAUUUUGCAUCCACACGUCAAAAUCCGUAUCGUUUUCUCUUAGGACUUAUCACACCAUUUGCCACUGCUUUUGCCACUUGCUCCAGCUCAGCCACUCUCCCAUCAAUGAUGAAGUGCAUUGAGGAAAACAAUGGAGUCGACAACAGGAUCAGCAGGUUUAUCCUUCCUAUUGGUGCAACUGUGAACAUGGACGGAGCUGCUAUUUUUCAGUGCAUGGCAGCCGUGUUUAUUGCUCAGCUGAACAAUGUCGACCUCAACGCUGGGCAAAUCUUUACCAUUCUUGUCACAGCAACUGCAUCCAGUGUGGGUGCAGCUGGGGUUCCAGCUGGAGGAGUCCUCACCAUCGCUAUUAUCUUGGAGGCCAUUGGACUUCCCACCAACGAUCUCUCCUUGAUAUUAGCAGUGGACUGGAUUGUGGACCGAACUACCACAGUUGUGAAUGUGGAAGGGGAUGCCUUAGGAGCAGGUAUCCUCAAUUACCUGAAUGAAAAAGAAAAAAGAGAAAAAGAGCAGGAGCUAAAAGAAGUCAACGUAGAAGCAGUUGCUAACAACAAAUCUGAAGAGGAAACGUCGCCUUUGGUAACCCACAAAAAACAAGUCUCCAACACAACCAGUACAGCAGACACUGAAUCCAAGGAAUCAGUACUGUGAACUAGAAGCUGUUGGUCAAACACGUCUUAGAGGUGGACCAGGGACUUGUUAUUGCACCUAGACGUUUGCAGUGCUAGCAAGGGCUGGGCAGCUCUUGAAAAUUUUCAGUUCCAGUCUGUUUUGAAAUUUGCUGGCUUGGGGAAGGGAGGGAGGUGGGCUGGGAAGAAAAGGGGUGAUGAGAAAGAACACACACUUUGUAAUAGUAUUUUGAUAAUUUUCCUAUGUAUACGUGUAUAUAUGAUUUGCACGUACACACGUAUACAUGUAGCUGAAAGCAAUGCCAAUUGAAAUGUCUGGUUUUACAAGAGAUCUGUUAGUAAAGGCUUAUAUGGGUUGGAUAUGGGGAAGCAGCCAACCCAGUAAGUGCUUAUGGUAGGGAGAAAUUAGUAAGCUUAUUGUGCUGCUGUUUGAAUGGAGAUACAGUUCAGAAACUCCACAGUAGGUGAGAAUGUUUCUCAAGUUUAGCUUUUGUCCUGGAAACUCUUACUGACAAUUACACACACAAUAUGGAGCAACAUUUUUCUCCCACUCCCCUUCCUUUCCUGUUCUCUGAUCACUUAAAAACAUCAAAUAUAACCUGGGAAGUAGGGUGUGGGUUUUUUUUUUUUAAUGUCAUAUGUGAACAAGUCACGAGGAGGUCCAAAUCUUGUUCCAUUCCCCCACUACAUUGCAGCUUUCUUGCCUUUUGGUGAGUAAUUCCCAAACUCUGGGACCAGACAAAGGAGAUAUUUGUGCAGAUCAAGGGCUGGCUUUCUCCUCCCCUCUUAGCAAGCUGUUGAGAAAAAAAAAUCCAGAGGAAACACAAAUUUUGUUAAAGUAAUCCCUCUGGGGCUAAAAAAAGAAUGUGGAGUCUGUUCCAGUAUAAAUAUCUCUAAAAGAAGCUUGUCUGUGACAACAUCAAGAAGUCAGUUCCCUUCAUGAAAACACACAUGCACGUUUGCUAGCACGCCACGUCCUGCUUAUGUUUGUAUAACGGGUCAGUCCAAACAAAUUAAGUCAUAUCCCUUUUCCAGCAAAAUUGUACAGGGAGGAAAAAGAUGUGAACACACACGUGGGAACUGACAACAGACAAGUCUGACUGUUAACUUGAAAGGGGAAAAAAGGAGGUGAAUUUCUAACCUGAUGUAGUUCAGUGAUCUUUGAGUAUUGGGACAGCUGUAUAUCAUUCCUGCUAGGAAUUUGGUCUACUAUAAAUGUCCUUUUGGUGGCAGUUUACAUUUAAUUCUAGGUGGUGCUGGGCCAGGGUAAUGCUAAAUGGCAGGUGGUAGCCUUUGCUUGGGGCUGACCCAGGUGCUCCUGGAUUCUGGCUCUACCUUUUUCCUCUACCACAUGCUUCGUGAAUUUGCACCCCCCAAACUUGCUUGAAGUCCAAAAAACAUUGCAAAACUGCUGAUUUCUCUUGGCAUUUUGGUCAGGAGGUAGUUACAAAGUGAUGGCUGUGCAUACAUGCUAAGAUUUGCCCUGGCCUUGUGGCACUUUCCGUUGGCUACUUUAACAAGGUGAGUGCAUGUGGUCAGUCCUCCAUACUGUUAACUCAGCAACAUAUAUUUACACUUUGCUUUGGUAUACAAUUAUGAUAAGUCUCCCCUUGUUUUUUCUCCCCUGUUUGAUUGAGCUUCAGAGGAAGCUAUCUUGAAAAGGUAUCUGGUUGCUGAUGUUUAUGGUCACGGCAUUAGGAAGAGGCAGCUCCAAUUUUAUAGCAGCAGCAGCAGCACCAGCCUUCAUUUGCAAAGCAUCUUUCCUGGUAAAGGGACUCGGUGAAUUUUGCUAAAAGAUGCUCAGAAUGAGAUGUGGCCACCUCUGAGGGAGAACACAGUGAGUGUGUUGUUACUGGCUGUUUAAUUGUGUGCAGCAGCACUGUGCAAACAAAGUAGGCGAGGGUUAGUCAGCCCACUGCAAAACUGCAGGUGGAGUUUCUUUUUAACCAGUUUAUUUAUAAUCAUGUCCACAAAAUUUGAUCAGUCCUCAUCUUGUUUUAAAAAUGGAAGGAGACGGACAUUGUUCUCUAGGGCUGUCCUCUGCCUGGUAUUUACUAUUUCAUUUUUAGCAGAUCAAGACCUGCUGAAACUUUGCAUUUCCUCCCAUUAGAGUCAUCUCAACUCCUUUCAACUCAGGAAACCAGAAGCCGGCUUUGUAGCUGGCAAUGAGAGUCCUCAGAGUAAAGGUAUUUUGAAAAAUGUUGGAGGUUUAAAAAAAAAAUUAUCAGGGUUCUCAUCAACCCUCUUUUUUAUAACAAAUAUUUAAUGUUUCAUGGAAAACUUUGACUGCACCAGAAUGCCAGAAACCGUGAUUUUAAAACAGUACGUGGAUAUUUUGGGGGAACUGAAAAUCACAACUGUUCCCUGCAGGCUGGAUUCUGUAGUUGGAUUUUUAUCUCCCAUCAGACACUUAGCUCUUUUGAUGCUCUCCCUCACCAUGACACAUGCAGUUCAGUUGAGGACACAAGAGCAGGCAGCACCUAAGUGAAGCGUCAGGCAAGAUUUGAGAAGUGAAUGUUUCUCAGUUUUGAUUUUUCAUUCCAAAGCUCGUGUUGCCAACAGAUGCAUAAGGGGUUUGUCCAAAGGCUGGGCUUCCUCACAGGCACCACCUAGCCACUGCUCUGCUGAUAUUCCUUCCCUGUAGUGCUGCCACUUGAUUGUACCUUGUCCCUCUAGCGGGAUGCUGUGGGAUGUUCUUUCUGACAGAAAAUGAUUAAAUUAAAGCCAGUUAUCUCAGAUUUGUCUUAAUAUUUUUCACUAGCAAUGCAGAAAGUAAACAUUUUUGCUGAAGAAUGCCUCUCCCAGUCCCCAUUAGUGAAUUGUCAUGUUCUGCAUCAGUGCAUGUAGUCCCAUGUAAGGCUUGUUAGAGCAUUUGAGCUUAAGGUCAAGCAUUCCCAUAGCUGGAAUUUAACAAAGGAAUUUUAACACUCCUCCAGCAAACAGGUGCCAUAGGGGGUCUGUAUGAGCCAUUAAGUAUUCAGGGCCAGUCUUUUUAACUUGCCACAAAUCUGUAAGGUUACAAAAGCUCUGCUUUAGACUUACAAAGCUGCCAAUUCUUUUGUUGUUUGCACACAGUGAGAGGGAUCCCACAGUUUUCUAUGGAAAUACAAAUGUCAGGUAGUGACUGCCUUUCAGAAUAUCCUACUGGUCUUGUUUGUAUUGUCUGUGUCAGAAACUACAUUUCUUGUUUUUCUAUGAUGUUACCAUUGCAUUUGAUAGCCAUGCCAUGUAUUCUAGGGCUCUCUGCUUGACUUCA